AUGUAUGUAUAUAUGCUUCGUCUUAGUCAAAAAGCAUCACAAUCAUUAAAAAAAAAUAUGAACCGAUCAAAUGUUCAUCUUUUGGAUUUACCUGAUGAAAUAUUACUUAUUAUUUUGAACAAAUUGAACAAUAUUGAUGUACUUUAUUCUUUAUUGGAUAUUAAUAAUGGACGACUUAGCGUUCUUGCACAAGAAAACACUUUCACUAAUAUUCUGAAGUUUGUCUCCAUUGAUGAUACUUCUCUAAUCGAUCGGUUUUGCAUCGAUAUAUUACCAAGAAUUCAUCGUAAAGUCAAAUGUUUUAUCUUUGAUCCAAUUUUUAUGGAACGUAUUCUUCUUGUCAUCGACUAUCCCAAUCUAACUGAACUUGAAAUUCAUCAUUUCCAUGAAGAAAUUGCUUUAAAUUACUUUACAAAUAAAUCAUCACUUCGAUCUAUUUUCCAAGAACAAAUUACAAAUCUUAUUCUUAUCAAUAAUGAUGAAUGCGCAAUGACAUGUUCAUCAAAUUAUACUGCAGAGAUAUAUGCGCAUAUUUUGACCUUCUUCAAAAAUUUAAAAAUUCUACGUAUUAUAGAACCAAGUGUUGUGUCAUAUCCACCUCUAUCACUUUGUUAUUUGCCAUCGACUACUUUUUCAUCUCAAAUUCUUACUCAUUUAUAUAUCAAUGUGGAAACUUUUGAUGAUUGUCUUUGCUUACUUGAUGGUCGACUUAAACAAUUGACAACAUUGUUUGUUACUGUCUAUUGCGUAUUCAGGUCUACACCCAUUAUUCACAAUAUGGUAAGUUUAUACAAAUAAUUUGAUGAGAUAAGAAUAGUUACUAUUUUAACGCAGUUUGAAUUUUUGUCAAAAGAUUUAAUAAGAGAUCGGAUAGUUAAAUUUCAUGUUGACAAG